AUGGCUACUGUCACUCGUCAACCAUUUGCUCCCCUUGAUGGGACUCGUCUCCAGACCUUGACCAGUCUUAAGAACAGGCAAAAUGCUUUGCCAACUGGUGGGAAACGAAAGGCUGAACUUAUUGAUACCGAUGAUUCUGAAAAUGUCGAUCCUACUUCUUUUGCCAAGCGAUCAAAGGGUUCCAAGGACAAGGACAUCCUAAAGGACAGCAUCCUCAAGCCUUCUGCUUUUAUCCUCAAGCCUACACCUGUAUCUGCAUCUCCCAUUCCUAAUCGCCUCACGAGCUCUACCAAGACCCGACGCACUCUCCAACCUAAAUCACCCGCCAAACUCAGCUCUGGCAUUUCAAAGUCUUCUCCCAUUUAUGCUCCAGCUGGUCGAUCUCCUACCCGAAGCAAGCGAUCUGGUAUCGCAUCUACCCGACGACGCACUGUUGGUCCCUACACCCGUGUUGAUCCUCCUUCAUUCAGUCUUGGAUCCGCCGCUCCCUUUUCUCUCGAUGCUGCUCUCAAGGGUACUAUUCCUGGCUAUGGCGCCAAGAAGGAACCCAUCACUGCUCUGCAUGAACCAGACAUGAAGGCCAGCUGGUUCUUUGACAUUCACGAGGACACGCCCGAACAAGAGAUGACCAACCUUCUUCAACACAGCACAUGUGUACUUGACAUUUCAUCCGACGAGGAGAGUCAAAGAAAACUCAACAGAGACCGUGCUGAAGGUCGCGAUAAGGAAAAUGUUCCUCCUCCCGAUGACAUUUCUCAAACUCGUCGCGCACCGAAAGCCGAUGACAUGAUUGUUGAGAAAGAGCGUGUCGCAUUGGGAGAAAUGAACACUGCCGACUUUUACGCUGAAGGAUGUGAUGAGACAUCAGUCAUUUUUGUACCUGAAGAUGAGCCAGAAGUGAAUACGACUGCACCUGCGCCUGCGACAGCCGAAAAGCCAAUCGAUCCUUCAACAGAAGACAUCGACAACUUGAUGGCCAAGCCCACAGAAGGUUCAAGCAAGGCUGCAGUUUUGGAACCAAUCGAAGGAACAGGAGAAAGCUUUGAGUUAUGGGAAAGCGGUAGCGCGCAUGAUGAAGCUGUAUAG